AUGGUGGCCAAUGAUAAGAACUAUCGGAUUGUUCGAGUUAUACUAGACCCCACGAGAUCCUCUUCCGAUUCUAGCUCCGCAGCUUCAAGCCUACUCAAACUAGCCACUGGUGUUUUAGUCGGUACUGUUGUACUUGCCAGUGGAUUUAUAGUUUCUGUGCUCAGUGCCAAUUUCGCUUCUAUCAGUGCGUUUUCAUACAUAACAGAGCCCGCUGUCAUACUAGUCACGGCAACGGUCUUUUCUCUUAUGCUUCUAUUCCUCGGAAACCUCUCAAGCACUAGCUCUACCAAGAUCCGUCCAUUUGCAUACGGCCUCUUUAGCGCACUUAUGGUUUCACUAACUAUUGUCCUAUCGCUUAUCGUUUUUUACCAAACAAUCAGCUAUUCUAAGCAGUCUGGAGAUAAUGGUAUGAUUGUAGCCAAUGUCAUUAUUUUGGUCUAUCAGGCAAUAUCAUUCUUCUCGAUCUGUUUAUGUUUGGCCAUCAGAGGAUUACUUAACAAGUUUGCCAAGGGUAUAACUAGACGAGUCCAUUGGAUGCUCUAUGUCAUGGCAUUCCUAUUGACUCUUCCUGUUCCAAUCCUUUCUAUCUGCGGCUUGCUAUUUGAUGCUCAAGUUCUUCUCAACUCUCAUAUUCUAACGGUUGCUGCUAUUCUCUUUGCCGCAGCUGCAUUCAUCCAUGUCUUUGGCCACUGGUUUAAUGAAGAUAUAUCUGAAGACGGCAGCAUAUCUAAGCGAGAUUCUAAAGACACUAUGGUCAAAAUAAUUAAGUUACUGAUCCUUCUCAGUAUCAUGACCGCAUUGCUUGCAUUCGCAGCCUGGGCCAUCAGCUACUACACCAUCCGGUCUGAAUCGCACGCCUAUACUGGUUCUUUAAUUGAGAAGGUCUCCCGCUAUCUAAAGUUCAUCCCACAGCCCAACUAA